CUUCCUCUUCUUAUUCUCUACAAAAUCCACAACUGAAAUCAAAUAUCCAUAGACAGCCUUGAGAGAAGCAGAUCUAGCAACAUUAUCAUGGAAUCCGCAACCGAUAACUGUAAGAAGCCGAGUCUAAUCGGCACCAAAUCCAAAUCGACGUCUAAAUCAUUCCGACUCCGUAGUUCAAGCCUCAACUCCGUAAGGCUUCGCCGCGUAUUCGACCUCUUCGAUAGUAACCACGACGAAAUCAUCACCAUCGACGAGCUUAGCCAGGCUCUCCUCCGCCUCGGACUCGAAGCGGAUCUAUCCGAACUCUCUUCCAUAGUCAAAUCCCAAAUUCAACCAGGUCAAAUCGGUCUAGACUUUCUGGAUUUCGAAAUUCUUCACAGAUCCCUUAACGACACCUUCUUCGCCGGCCUCGAACAGGGUGAGAAGGAGGAAGAAUCUGGGGAUUCAAAGAAGUCACAGGAAGAAGUGGAUCUGAGUGAGGCGUUCAAGGUGUUUGAUGAAGAUGGUGAUGGAUUUAUAUCUGCAAACGAAUUGCAGACUGUUUUAGGGAAGCUAGGAUUUGUUGAAGGAAAAGAGAUUGAUGGAUGCAAGAAAAUGAUCUUAUCGGUGGAUAGUAAUCACGACGGCCGUGUCGAUUUCCGCGAGUUCAAGGUCAUGAUGCGCACCACUGUCCUCGUUAAUUCCUCUUAAUUACUCAACCGUCUUCUUUCAAUUCUCUGCUACUACUUUUCACUCAUAAUAUCUAAUUCUUAAUCUUUUCCAUCUU